CAUGUCAUCCACAUAAUGGACUUUCCUUUCUUCCUGUUGGUCACAGAUAGAAGAUCGCUGAGUACCGGUGGAUUCUGUCAUGUCUGCAUAAAUACUGGUCAGCAGGGAUGUUGCUCAGACUCACCGCACCAUCCAGCCUGCAGGCGCACGCAUCUCCUGAGCAGAUCCUGGAUCGAUUGGGAGGUGAAAGCCAUGGAGACUGCAGUGUUCCCCUGCUGGCUGCUGUUUCUGCUGCUCAGCCCAGCUGUUCCCACGUGUUUCCCCACGGACUUCACGAUGUACGUGGAGAGGCCGGAGUGCGACUACUGUGUUGCGAUCAACACGACCAUCUGCAUGGGAUUCUGCUACUCCCGGGACAGCAACGUGAGGGCCAUCGUGGGCCCACGUUUCCUCAUCCAGACGGGCUGCAACUACGACAAGGUGGAGUACCGCGCAGCCUUGCUGCCCGGCUGCCCCAUCGACUCGGACCCCGUCUUCAGCUACCCGGUGGCUCUCAGCUGCCGAUGUGGGACCUGCAGGACCGACAGUGAUGAGUGUGUGCACAGGGCGCCCGGCGUGGGCGGAGCAAGGUGCACCAAACCGGUUAGACGCAUCUACCCGUACCCGGGCCAGAGCACCUACAUGACCCCUUUCUGAGGGUCAGCCCUUAGCGUGUUGUGGAUACGCUGAUAACUGUCCUACUCAUUGUACCAGCCUGUUUUUACCGUGUAUUGUUGUGUGUGUGUGUGUGUGUGUGACUGCCAUGCGUAUUACGUUUUCUCUGACAGGGAUACUCUGAAUGCAACACAAAUUAAAGCUGAACUCUUCAAAUAGC